AUGUCUUUUCCCCAUGACCGGGAGUUCAUAGAGAUGGCUAACCACCCCACUUCAUGCUGCAGUGCCGCGGAGAUCAUGGCUGUCCUCUUUUUCCACACCAUGCGCUACAAGCCCCAGGACCCCCGGAACCCCCACAACGACCGCUUUGUGCUCUCCAAGGGCCACGCGGCUCCCAUCCUGUACGCCGUCUGGGCCGAGGCCGGCUUCCUGCCCGAGGAGGAGCUGCUGAACCUGAGGAAGAUCACCUCUGACUUGGACGGGCACCCCGUCCCGAAACAAGCCUUCACCGACGUGGCCACUGGCUCCCUGGGCCAGGGCCUUGGGGCCGCUUGUGGGAUGGCCUACACGGGCAAAUACUUCGACAAAGCCAGCUACCGCGUCUACUGCAUGCUGGGAGACGGGGAGCUGUCCGAGGGCUCCGUGUGGGAGGCCAUGGCCUUCGCCAGCAUCUACAAGCUGGACAACCUGAUUGCCAUUCUUGACAUCAACCGCCUGGGCCAGAGCGACCCCACCCCCCUGCAGCACCAGGUGGACGUCUACCAGAAGCGUUGCGAGGCCUUCGGGUAAGUCCGGGGCUGUGGCCCGAGCUGGGAGCUU